UCAACGGCUAAAUGAACCUUAAGAAGUUGAAACUCUUGCCUCCUCCUUCAAUCACAAAACCCCAUUCGAGAUCAGUGUGUCCUCUGAGUUGGCAGAUCUUAUUUCUUUGUCUUGCACUCUUCUUGGAGGGUGCUCAGGUGGGCACAGAGUGAAAGAUGAUGUAUGACACCAUACUCUCCAGGAGCUUCAGCAGGAGUGACCAGAAAAAGUUGGGUUAUGGAGCAGUCUUCUGUUGCUUGCUCAUUCUGUUCAGCAUUUUCACUGCUCUCAAACCUCACCUGGGACCUCUACCAGCUAUGACUUUGAGGUUGGCAGCUGGUGAUGGUCAUAAGAUGCUCUUGAUUGAAGAGAAAAGUGCAUCUCUGGAAGAAGAAGUUAAUACAGGUAAUGAUUCUGCCAUCAACUCCACAGUUCAGAAAAAUUUCACGAGGAAGAUGGAGCCUCUUUGCAAUGUCAUGGAUCCCAAGUCAGAUUAUUGUUCGAUCACCGGUGAUGUUAGAGUUCAAGGAAGCUCCUCCACUGUUUUCGUUGCGCCAUCUGAAAUGGUCACUCACAAUGAAUCGUGGACCAUAAGGCCUUAUGCACGCAAACGUGAUGAAACUGCGAUGAGUCCGAUUAGGAAAUGGUCAAUCUUACCGUCAGCCGUGGCCCGUCAGCCUAUCCCCAUUUGCACCGAACACCACAGCGUUCCGGGAGUCAUUUUCUCAACAGGAGGAUAUGCAGGAAACAAUUUUCACGCUUUCACCGACAUCAUCAUUCCGCUCUUCUUGACUAGUCGGCAUUUUGGAGGAGAAGUCAGGUUCCUGGUAACAAAUAGAAAUCCUUGGUGGGUUCAGAAGUUCAGCGCCAUACUAGAAAAUCUGUCGAAGUACGAAAUUAUCGACAUUGACAAUGCAGGAGAGAACACCCUUUGCUUCCCAAGAGUGAUUGUGGGGCUAAAGCAUCACAAGGAGAUGACAAUUGAUCCUUCGAGAUCUCCCUACUCUAUCAGCGACUUCAGGGCAUUCCUUAGGAGCGCCUACUCGCUAAAGAAGGAGAAUGCGAUCAAAUUACAGGACGGCGAGCUCAAAAGACGGCCUCGCCUCUUGAUCGUGUCAAGAAAGCGGUCGCGCUCCUUCACCAACAUUGCAGAAAUCAUGAGCGCAGCUGAGACCUUGGGGUACGAAGUGGUGGCUUCCGAGUUGGACUCCAACAUGUCAAGAACCCCGGAGAUCGUGAACUCCUGCGACGUGAUGAUGGGAGUUCACGGAGCCGGCCUCACAAACCUGGUUUUCCUCCCGGAAAACGCAGUCCUCAUUCAGAUACUCCCCAUAGGGAGAUUUGAGUGGCAUGCCAAGGUUUGCUUUGGUGAUCCUGCAAAGCAUAUGAAUAUCAACUACUUGGAGUAUAACAUAAGGGAGAAGGAGAGCAGUCUCAUACAAGAGUUCCCACUUGAUCACGUGGUUUUCAAGGACCCAGUUGCAUUCCACAAGCAUAAUUGGAAUUUGUUCAAGUCAAGGUACUUGGACAAGCAGAAUGUACAGCUUGAUGUGAAUAGGUUCAGACAGACAUUGGCGACAGCCUUGGAGCUUUUGCGUUGAGUAAAAAACAAAUUUUCUUUUUUUUCGUCUAUUCAUAGGAAGUGGCUCCUUUUAUUUUUCUUGUUGGGCGCAAGAAAAAGAAAGCGUUUAGUGUCCAUAAAUGUCCGUGAUGCUUUUCAAUUUUCAUGCUGAUUACAGAGGUUGGUCCACCAGACCCUAACUCUGUCUAGGGGAUUGAAUUCAAGUCAGCAACUUUGUUACUCA